UUGUUAUAAGGAAAACGAUAGUUGAAUUGUUGAUAACUGUAGAAUUGUAGUUUGCGAGAGGAUCCGCUUAAAACAUAACAUAAUUUAAACGAACAUAAAUCAUUCGCUAGCGUUUUCGAAAAUGCCUCGCGCAUUCCUGGUCAAAAAAGUGAACAUCGCUGCUGAAAAAAGAAGCUGGAGUGAGAUUCCGGAUUCCGCGCGAGGGGACGUUUACAUACCUGAGUCCGUUUUCCCACCAUACUUGCAUGAAGUCUCGGAGGGCAGCAUUGCAGAGUUCUCCUGCUUCACAACUGCACAAAAAAACAACACAUUUCUACAGGUUCAAUCACAUGUGUUGUCUGCACAGCUGCCAUCUUCUGCUGCACAGGGUCAUCCUGAUCACAAGCCAGAAUGCCACAUGAGGACCCAAAGACGGCCUUACUCGCACUCAAAGAUAAAGAUAACUACAGGUAAUAUGCCAUCUCCAGUCAUCCCAGAUAAUGCAAACAAAUUAGCAGAUAUACCACCCGCUGCAUCAGUGUUGUCCUGCCAGGUGUGCCAGAAGACAUUCACUACAGCACGUAUGCUGAAACGCCAUGUGAAGUGCCAUAGUGAAACAAAAAAGUACUCUUGUGAGCACUGUGGAAAAGGAUUUAAUGAUGCUUUUGACUUGAAGAGGCAUGUACGCACUCAUACGGGUGUGAGACCCUAUAAGUGCACUUUGUGUGUUAAAGCCUUCACUCAGCGCUGCUCCUUAGAAUCUCACCUGAGGAAGAUCCAUGCUGUUACUCAACAAUAUGCCUACAAAGAGCGUAGGGACAAACUAUAUGUGUGUGAGGAGUGUGGCUUGACUGCACAGACACGGAACGGUCUGCAGAAUCAUCUUCUAGCUGGACAUGCACAGAGACUUAUAAUGACAAAAAACAACCAUAAACUGACAGGUUACACAUCUGGAGGUAACACAUCACCGUGUUCACCCGAAACCCCCCACAUAAAGUGCUGAAGAAAAAAAUAGAGGACCUAGUUAUUGAUGAAUUAUGAUUAAUCAUUUUCUUCCACUCUACAUGCACUUUUGUAAGUCAGUAAUUCUAGGCAGAAUUACUGCUUAUCUGCUUAUCCCUUAUAGAAUGAUUGGAAUUAGGAAAAUUAUUUGAAUGUAUUGUAUCGAAUAUGCUGAAGCGUAUGAAAG